GCUCCCGGGUGCCCGGGCCAUGCCGGCCCGGCGGCUGCGCUGAACGGAGGCCGAGCCCGGGACGCGCCGGGGGGACUGCCGGGCUGCGGGCCAUGGAUGCGGCGGCAGCGGCGCGGGACGGCGGGAGCCCGGCCGCGACCAGGUGAGGAGGCGGCGUCCGGCGCCACUGCAGCCGCGGCGGCCUCGGAGGAAGAGGGCUCGCCGCCGCGCGCCCGCCCGUCCGCCCGUCCGCCCGGCGUCGCAGCCCUUCCUGUUGGGAUUAUCUUCUGCUCCCCUCUGCUCCUUCGCUCCCGGCGGUCGAAGCCGCCGCUCGGCUUCGGCGGCUCGGACUCCUUCGCAGCCGGUGCCUCCUCCGCUCCCCGGGCCUCGCUGCGGGGAGACCCUUGGGCGAGACCAUGAGGAAAUUCAACAUCAGGAAGGUGCUGGACGGCCUGACCGCGGGCUCGUCCUCGGCCUCGCAACAGCAGCAGCAGCAGCAGCACCCGCCUGGGAACCGGGAGCCGGAGAUCCAGGAGACGCUCCAGUCCGAACACUUCCAACUCUGCAAGACUGUUCGCCAUGGAUUCCCCUAUCAGCCCUCAGCCCUGGCCUUUGAUCCCGUUCAGAAGAUCCUGGCGGUAGGAACUCAGACUGGUGCUUUAAGGCUCUUUGGUCGUCCAGGAGUGGAAUGUUCCUGCCAGCACGACAGUGGAGCAGCAGUGAUCCAACUCCAGUUCCUGAUUAAUGAGGGAGCCCUUGUGAGUGCCUUGGCUGAUGACACCCUGCACUUAUGGAAUUUACGUCAAAAACGGCCUGCCGUGCUACACUCACUUAAAUUUUGCAGAGAAAGGGUUACAUUUUGCCAUCUGCCUUUCCAGAGUAAGUGGCUCUAUGUGGGCACUGAGCGAGGUAACAUACACAUUGUCAAUGUGGAGUCCUUCACACUCUCAGGCUAUGUCAUUAUGUGGAAUAAAGCCAUCGAACUGUCAUCUAAAUCUCACCCAGGACCUGUUGUGCAUAUAAGUGAUAAUCCCAUGGACGAGGGGAAGCUUUUGAUUGGCUUUGAAUCUGGAACAGUAGUCUUAUGGGACCUCAAGUCAAAGAAGGCUGACUACAGAUACACAUAUGAUGAGGCUAUUCACUCUGUGGCUUGGCAUCAUGAAGGAAAACAAUUUAUUUGCAGUCAUUCUGAUGGUACUUUGACCAUAUGGAAUGUGAGGUCCCCUGCUAAACCUGUACAGACCAUCACUCCUCACGGAAAACAGUUGAAGGAUGGGAAGAAGCCAGAGCCAUGCAAGCCUAUCCUGAAGGUGGAGUUGAAGACAACAAGAUCCGGGGAACCUUUUAUUAUUUUGUCGGGAGGCUUAUCCUAUGAUACCGUGGGAAGAAGACCUUGCUUAACAGUGAUGCACGGGAAAAGCACAGCAGUGCUGGAAAUGGACUAUUCAAUCGUUGACUUUCUCACACUCUGUGAAACGCCAUAUCCAAACGAUUUUCAGGAACCGUAUGCUGUGGUUGUUCUCCUGGAAAAGGACUUAGUGCUAAUAGACCUUGCACAAAAUGGAUACCCUAUAUUUGAGAAUCCCUACCCUUUGAGUAUCCAUGAGUCCCCCGUCACAUGUUGUGAAUAUUUUGCUGAUUGUCCUGUGGACCUUAUUCCUGCACUUUACUCUGUUGGAGCUAGACAGAAACGUCAAGGUUACAGCAAAAAGGAAUGGCCCAUCAAUGGUGGUAAUUGGGGCUUGGGUGCUCAAAGUUACCCAGAAAUAAUUAUUACAGGGCAUGCCGAUGGGUCGGUGAAAUUCUGGGACGCUUCUGCAAUAACUCUACAAGUACUGUAUAAAUUAAAAACGUCUAAAGUAUUUGAGAAGUCAAGAAACAAAGAUGACAGACAGAACACGGACAUUGUAGAUGAAGAUCCAUACGCCAUUCAGAUCAUCUCCUGGUGCCCAGAGAGCAGGAUGCUGUGCAUAGCUGGAGUGUCAGCCCAUGUCAUCAUCUAUAGGUUCAGCAAACAGGAAGUGCUUACAGAAGUCAUUCCGAUGCUUGAAGUUCGACUGUUAUAUGAAAUAAAUGAUGUGGAAACACCAGAGGGUGAGCAGCCUCCACCUCUGUCCACCCCCGUGGGCAGCUCCAACCCUCAGCCCAUUCCUCCUCAGUCUCAUCCGUCUACCAGCAGCAGCUCAUCUGAUGGGCUUCGUGAUAAUGUACCUUGCUUAAAAGUUAAAAACUCCCCACUUAAGCAGUCUCCAGGCUAUCAGACAGAGCUGGUCAUUCAGUUGGUGUGGGUGGGUGGAGAGCCCCCGCAGCAGAUCAGCAGCCUGGCACUCAACUCUUCCUAUGGACUGGUGGUUUUCGGCAACUGUAACGGCAUCGCAAUGGUUGACUACCUCCAGAAAGCAGUACUGCUCAACCUCAGCACCAUUGAACUCUACGGCUCAAAUGAUCCUUAUCGGAGAGAACCUCGGUCGCCCCGUAAAUCUCGACAGCCUUCAGGAGCGGGCCUGUGUGAUGUCACCGAAGGGACUGUCGUCCCAGAGGAUCGCUGCAAGUCUCCCACUUCCGCAAAGAUGUCAAGGAAAUUAAGCUUGCCAACUGACCUAAAGCCUGAUUUAGAUGUAAAAGACAAUUCCUUCAGCAGAUCUCGGAGUUCAAGUGUAACCAGCAUUGACAAAGAGUCCCGGGAAGCCAUCUCUGCUCUUCAUUUCUGUGAGACUUUCUCUCGGAAGACCGACUCUUCCCCGUCCCCAUGUCUGUGGGUCGGAACUACAGUGGGAACUGCAUUUGUCAUCACGCUGAAUCUCCCCCCGGGGCCUGAGCAGAGACUCCUUCAGCCAGUGAUUGUGUCUCCAAGCGGUACUCUAUUGCGGUUGAAAGGUGCAAUCUUGAGGAUGGCAUUUCUGGAUGCCACGGGCUGCUUAAUGCCUCCUGCAUACGAACCCUGGAAAGAACACAACGUUCCUGAAGAAAAAGACGAAAAGGAGAAAUUGAAAAAGCGGCGACCUGUCUCAGUAUCCCCCUCCUCUUCUCAGGAAAUUAGUGAAAACCAGUACGCAGUGAUAUGCUCUGAAAAGCAAGCAAAGGUCAUCUCACUGCCAACCCAGAACUGUGCGUACAAGCAGAACAUCACCGAGACGUCCUUCGUGCUCCGCGGAGACAUUGUCGCACUGAGUAACAGUGUCUGCCUCGCCUGCUUCUGUGCCAAUGGCCAUAUCAUGACUUUCAGUUUGCCAAGUUUGAGACCACUCCUGGAUGUCUACUACCUGCCCCUUACCAACAUGCGGAUAGCCAGGACAUUCUGCUUCGCCAACAAUGGACAAGCCUUAUACCUUGUUUCGCCUACGGAAAUCCAGAGACUCACCUACAGUCAGGAGACAUGUGAAAAUCUUCAGGAGAUGCUCGGUGAACUCUUCACGCCUGUAGAAACACCAGAAGCACCAAACAGAGGGUUCUUCAAAGGCUUAUUUGGAGGCGGUGCACAAUCUCUCGAUAGAGAAGAACUAUUUGGAGAGUCGUCCUCGGGAAAGGCCUCAAGGAGCCUCGCACAGCACAUCCCGGGCCCUGGUGGGAUCGAAGGUGUGAAAGGAGCCGCGUCGGGAGUGGUGGGUGAACUUGCCCGAGCCAGGCUGGCCCUCGACGAAAGAGGCCAGAAGCUUAGUGACUUAGAAGAGAGGACGGCAGCUAUGAUGUCCAGCGCAGACUCGUUUUCCAAACAUGCUCAUGAGAUGAUGCUGAAAUACAAAGAUAAGAAGUGGUACCAGUUCUGACAAGUAGAACUCAGUAAGUCCAGCUUCAACCUGAAGGAAAAAGAAGUUUCCUUGUUGGUGUCACUCAUGUAUUUGGGGAAGACAACGUAAAGGGGAUGCACUUUGCUGAAAACUUCCUUCCCAGCACAAUCAUGCACUGUUUUACCUCAGUCACACGGCUUUAACUGAGAAGACUCCCCAUGCCUGCAAAUCGGAGCAUGUGGUGUGUGCUGGGUGUGCAUCGACAAACGGAGAACUAAGUGGGGUCACGCUGACAGAUGAACAUCCAGAGGAUGUUGACAAGUCCUGGAGGGCUAGUCCGUGGAUCAUUCCUGUAUUAAACUUUCAUAUGCCAAAAGACUUUGUGCCGUUGUAUCUGCCAUCAGUGUUUGAUCCGAUGUGGGGAGAGGCAAUAAACCAGAAGUUGUAAGUCCGCAAAGGUCACUUUAUGUCUGGACUGCCUUGUGAGCAGCUGUCUGCACUCACCGUUUUUCAAACAGACUGCUCAUCAGUGUCAUUAGUGAGAAAGCAGCAAGCUGUCCCUUCUCGUUAGACUCUACCGAAUGGUGGGCUUUCGGUAACCAGAGCACACACACAGCUUGUGUGCAUGCGGGAUCCUCUCUACUCUCGUCAUUACAUACUGUGUUCAGUUCCUAUGUUCUCAAAAGCAAAACAAGGUGAUGUGUCACUUUUCAUGGAAAAGUGUGGCACAUGACUGAGUCACCCAUCUUCGGGGAGUUUCCAUGUAGUAGCCAUGCACAGUGGAAGAAUGAGAGAAACUGCAUUGUGGUGAGGAGAAUCCGUUCCUGUCCUUUGUCCUGUUCACAUCAGUUCAGCUAAAAGUAGACCUGACCAACACAGAUACUGGUUAAAUUUGUAGAAAAGUUGAAAUUGGCUAAGUUUUUAAUUUUGCUUGAAUUUUUAUAAAAUGUUUAACCAAAUGUACCCUUGCAUUAUUUAAUUAAAAUUGCUAAAACAGCAGUGUUUUAUCAUUUCAGUACAGUGCUCAGCUCCCUUUUAAAACUGCCCUCCAUUCGCUCACAGUUCCGGUACACUCAGGUGAUAAGCCAGUUUAACCUUAGUGCACACACUGCUGCCGCAUGGAGAACUGCAAGUGUCUCUUGUCCAAUUACCCAAGAGUCUAAUCUGAUGAGGUACAAAAUAUCUCCCAUAGAAUACAUCACACGCCUGUACAUAUCCCUUUGAAAUACUAAAAGCAAAAAGGAAAGGAUGUUGAUGUCAGUCAGUUCUGAAGUUUUUUUCUGUAACCAAGAGUGGUAUGCAUUGGAGGGCAGCAGACACCCACCGAGUGCUUGGUUCUUGCAGUAGCAUGGCAGCCUAGGGAGGAAGCAGCCUACACUGCGGUCAGGGGCUGUGAUUGCUAAAGCCACAAAGGAAGAAGGGAAGGAAGGGAAGUGGGAGUGGGAACUUUACAUACUGUCUCCUAUGGAAGUCUGUACUGCGUCACUGUCCUUAGUGUAGGCAGGGCACCGAUUGCUGGGACCGCACUUUUUCCUGGUCUGUUUGAGGAGUUAAGUUCCUGUAGGUCAUCCUCACUUCUCAGCCUGUCGCUUGCCUGUGUCUCUUUCAUAAAUAAUUCUUUUGUUUACAUUUUAUAAUGUGCACUACUGGAUAUAAAAGUUUACAUCAAAGUUUACUUAAUAGCAUCAGGUAAGGAUUAAAUAUAUGUGAUAAAGAGAACUGAUCAAGAUAAAAAUGUUUUUAAACUAUAAUCAUUUUUUAAAAUUUCUGAAUCUGUAGAAAGUGAAAAAAACAUUCAUUUCAUGUCUGUUCUCUGAACAUUCAGCAAUUUACAAAUUGUUUAAUUUGCAUUAUAUAUUGUCCAUUAAACCCACGUUCCAUGGUACCUCACUGGAAGAAUUGGGUCCUUUCUUAAAGGUAUAGUUUUGUGAAUAUUGAUAGUCGAGAGUUUUAAAAAGUUGAAAAGUACUAAAUACCUAACACACUGCUUGACUCUGUGGAACCUCAGCUGUUUAAUUUGUUGGGUUAUUUGCAUAUCAGAUUCUUUUCUACCAUCAUUUUAACCACUGUAAAUAGAUGAAUCAAAGUUGUGAUUAUUUACUAAUAGAGAAGUAGAGAAAUUUACCGGAGUUGGAUUUUAUAAGAACAUUUUAAUUCAUUUUAAAUUAUUUGUUUUUUAUUUUAAUUAACCUAUAUAUUGUGGACAACAGUCUAAGAGACCAGUCCGAGAAAGGACAAAGUAUUUUUAAGUAGAGAAAAUGAGCUUCCCAGAACUGCACUUGAUUAUGUAAAUAAGAGAGUUCACAGUGAUAACUGGCCCGGGAUGGACUGUAGUCUGCAAAGGUCUGCCUCCUCCCAGCCCACUCCUGUCUUUUUGAUGCAAAAAGCAGUAGUCACCAGCAAGCCAAAGUUUCAGGAACUUUAACAAUAACAACAAAAGGUCAAAAAAUAAAAUAUCAAAAAAAUGAAAGAAUGUGUGUGUGUGUGUGUGUGUGUGUGUGUGUGUGUGUGUGUGUUCUCUGUAAACUCAUUUGUCUUUGAUUCUGAAAUUCAAGUAUUCUUCAAUUAACUUUAUUAAUGGGAAGAAAUUUCUCUAUGUACCACAUAACAAACUAGUUUCAUUUUGCAAACUAAAAUCAGUCCCUGUUUGCUUAGAAUGUUGUUAUUUGAAGUAUCUCAUUUUGUCAAAAUCUUUAUGUGUUUGAACAUGGCGUCGCCUUAGCACCCGCUCACAUUACGGCCACACCACUUCCAAAAACCAGUUACAGAUUUGACAAAACCUUUCCCUGAUUUGAGAUUUUCACAGGAAAAUACUGCUAUGUACAUCUGCAUAUCAUUGUAAGUAUGCUGCAGUUUUAUCCAGAAUGCUUCCUCAAGACCUCAUUUAGAACUUCUUGUGGGUUCUUCUGCCAUUAGUUCAGGUAGACAUUGGUGGCAGGCAGCGAGACAGGUCUGAAAGAGCACACAUGUUUAGAGUGUGGGAGAUGCCGUGAGACGGGUGGGGAGCAGGAGGGUUUGUUCCAAGUUUUACCCUAAGUUCUGUAUUCAAAUCUUUGCUCAAGGCAUUUCGCAUGUGACAUUAGUAACGCUAUCUCCAAAGGUGUUUGUUUGUUUGUUUGUUUUUGUAUCUGUUUUUUUGUGGCAAAGAUUUAUUUUAACUUGGGGGAUUUUGUUUGUUUAUAUGUUUCUGCAAAAUAAAGAGCACUGAACUUUAAA